ACACCCGUAUUGUUUGCUAUCGCUUCCUCACGCGGUGCGACAGAGCUCCUGAAAGGUCUAAAACUAGGUCCAAGACCAGGUCGCAAGGCUCCACGAUGCCUAGUUCAGAAUAGAUGUCCCAUCGAGUUGACGACCGAAUACUAUAUCUAUCUUUUCGGUGGUUCAAGGUUCGCUGGGCGAUGGAAUAUUGCUUUGGUCUGUUUCCACUUCAUUGCUUAUAUUUCAUCUACUACAAACAUGCCUCAAGCGUUUCUUUCGCCAAGUCACUUGCGUCAACCUUAUCCAAGUCGAAUUUUGCGAAAAUGGUCAAUCGAAAAUGUCGUCUUCUAUACAUGCUUAACGGUUAUCUUGUCCCAUCUUCUCCUUCGACUCAGUCGAACGAUAUGUGUUUGAUUAUAUGCACGGUCUGAUUCCGAUGGCAUUGACCUCCCUCUCGCUGCUCGGGUUCAUGAGGUUCGUUCGAGUUCUAUUGAAGCUCGCCAUGGGCAGACAA